AUGGGUGAGGAGCCAAUCCCGGAAGAGCUGAAGGAGAGCAUCAUAGCCAUCACGGAGCGAAAGUAUGGCUGCCCAUUCAAGUAUGAGUGCGACAAAGAAUGUAGCCAUAAAUUCACGGUCUGCGAUUCAACGUAUGAGGAUGACCAGACUGGGGAAACGUACCAGUGCAUCUCCGUCUGUGCCAGCUCGAUGAAUGACAUAAGAACGCUUAAGAUAGCGUCCGCACGCCAUUGUUCUAAGAUCGAUGCCGCGGAGGGGCUCCUAAAGCAUCUACAAUUUCAAGUUGAGAAGGCGGAGAAUUACGCGAAGCAUGAGUACCGCGAUCCUUCCGAACGCAAGUGCGAGGAAGACUGCAUACAUUUUUUCCGAGUUUAUAGCCAAGAUCGAAGAGCAGCAGCGGGGGGAAGAGAGUAUCGGUCGAUGCUGGUGAAGUGUUCACUACUUCACGAAAACGAGGAGAUUGCGCAGACGGAAUACUACAAGAGUGAAAUUGAGGCUCUCCAGAGCCUAGAGAACCGAGUAAGGCUGCAGUCGAUUGCGGCCGGCGAAACCGGAGUGGCCGUCCCACGGCAAGACCGCGACACAAUCCCAAGCCCUCCAGGAGGACACGACGCCGCGGGUGGUUGUGACCCGGGAAAUGAAAGCGGAAAGGAAGUGCCCGGGCUCGCAAUAGAGAUCCCCGAUCGUCUGAUCUCGCUCCAGGAAACGGGGGGACAACCAGAGAAGGAACAACUCGGGAAACAGAUGUAUUCGCAACAAAGGAGCGGGUAA